AUGUUCUUUAGAUAUUCAGUACUAUAUUUAUUUCUGCAGGUGACGUGGUGCUCAAUAAUCUGACUCUCAAAGAUGAUGCCCUGGUAAAUUCAUAGUUAUAUAUUUAUUUAAUUGUUCUCAAAGUCCAGUUGUAAUUAAAACUUUACUGAGUUAAGAUCAAGAAACUUGGAUGACUGCACGGCAAUAUAUAGAGUAUUUUUUCAAUAAAUUCUCGAACUUCAUCGUGAAGUGGGCAUUUGUAAAGUUAGUCUAGACUAAAAGUCUGAACAGAGUACAGUAGUAUUGAAGUAGCUCUAUUAUUAUGAUAUUUGAUAAUAAUAAUAAUAAUAGUAUAUAUAUAUAUAUAUAUUAAAUUAAAAACACGGCGUGGUUAUAAUUUUUCAUUUUUAUGUUUUUAGGCCGAACUUGAAUUGCCUAUUGAAGUGAAAUCUGGCUAUAUUGGUAAAUAGUAAAAUAUUGCAUAUUCAGGGCCGGUUGUAUUCUUUUAACCUACUUUUAAACUAUCCGUUUUGGAUUUAAAUAGUGCUUAUGUAGUUUCGUAAUUACUGUAAGGGGUCACCCUAAUUGGUGUAACGUGUAGCGUAUUCCUGUUACAGUAUAUACAUCAAUACAACGGUUGUAUUUUUGGUAGUUGCCGCGGAAUUUCAUUAAAUCAUUAUUCUUCGUUUCUUAACAAGUAUUUAUUGUGAAUGGAAAUUUUCCACUUAAAAACCUGUAGCAAGCCAUCUUUAUAAUCAAGCCAACUUGAAAUAAGAUAAAUUUUGAUGAUUAUUAUAGGAAAGUUAUCUGCUGAAAUUCCUUGGUCAAAUAUCUAUACAAAGCCAGUUGUGGUAAAAAUCGAAGAUGUAUUUGUACUUGCUGCGCCAGUUACAGGUAAAACAUCAUGCAUUACACUGUACUUGAGCAUUUCGAUUGUCAUUAUACGGGAUACAUUUUAUUUCUUGCAUUGGCCUCCCUUCAAUGGAACUUUGUCCCCAGGCGAACAUAUUUCCUAGGAAAUUUGGCCAGCUCUUUGUAAAUUUGUCCCCUCUUUUAGGACUGAACAAAUAUAAGCAUAAUUCAUGAAACUCAGUCUCUGAUCUCUGAAGAUAAUUAUUAUUCUAGCCUAAUGGAAGACAUGUUACCAUGACUAUUAUUUUAUUAUAAUAGGCAAUUCCAGCUUUUAAUUUAUGCGCGCAGGGGGUGACGGGAAAUAAGGUAUCAUAUUGCUGAUUAUACUGAAAUAUUUCAAUAAAAACUGCCGAAAUAUUUCAAUAUUUACAAGUAUAAGCUAUCACUCCUUGUUUACACGGCCGCCAUUUUUAUUUUUCAGCAUAAUGAGCAAUAUGAUACCUUACUCCCCAACCCCCCUGUACGCAUAAACUAAAAGCUGGAAUUGCCUAUUGUACCUUACUCCCCCCUCCUCCUGCGCGCAUAAACUAAAGGGUGGAAUUGCUUAUUGCUGCACGUCCGUCUAAUUCUAUUUUUAAUGUAUAGCAAUCCCAAUAUAUAAGCACUGUCAUUUUUGCCUAAUUUGCAGAAAUUGAUUAUGAUGCAGAGCAAGCUGAAGAGCGUUUGAAAGCAGCGAAGAGAAGGAAACUGCAAGCUAUAGAAAAGUCAAACAAACCGCUAAAUAAUGAAAGUUCUCAGGAAUCCCGAUUACCUGACAGUUACACGUUCGUAGAAAAAUUGACUGCACAAAUUAUCAAGAAUGUUCAGGUAAAAUUGCUGUAUGGUAAAUAUCAAGAUUUUUUGGCAUCUCGUUUAAUAUAACUGAGUGCAGUUCAAAUAUCUGUAGAUGAAUUUUUCGAACGAAAAUUUAUCUACUAUUUUAGACCUAUAACCUGGCACCGAAACAUGCAGCUUUAGGCCCUCUUACAGGAAUUAAAACUUCACUUUCGGUCAGUGUACCAUUUUAGGGGUACAGAACAAACAAAAUUUUCUGGGGGGGGGGGCUAAGCCCCCCCUGUUCCGCCCCCCCCCCCUGGUACAAGAACUUGCUGUUAAUGCUCGGCAACUGGACUCUGUAGCUCAGCAAGUGGUCAGAACGCUGCAUUGGAAUCGCAGAGCCGUAGGUUCCCGCCGGAGGGCUAAAGUUGUAUUUUUCGCAGCUGCAGCUCUCGGUUAGGUGUAAAAUUGUAUAUAAAUUUUCGUUCGAAAAUUCCGUCUACAAAUAUGCCAUCUUAUUCUAUAAGCCUGUUGCGCGUGAAUAUUCUUGUUACUCGUCAGAAAUCACGUACGUUACCUUCAUACAUCUCAUCUUCCCAAUAGAAUCAAGGAAUUAUUUCUGUAUUUCUGUGCUACAGUUACUGCUAUUGGUCGGUCUUACUAAAGCUUUCCAAUUCAGUUCUAAAUUCAUCUUAUAAUAAUUUUUUUAUUGAACGCUGUUUCUCCUGUAAUAUCCCUAUAGUUUUGUCGUUAAUAUCUCUUUUGUUUUUGUUCUACUUUAAAUUGAUCCAAAAUCCGCGCACUUUUUCCAUUCUUUUCUUAAAACAUUCGAAAUACUGCUAUACAUUGCUCUAAAUGUCUAUCUGCGUGAGUAGUAAUACCCCCACCUAGCAACGGAAGUAAUUAGUAUGCAAAAUUUGGUGUCGUAUGUAAUUAGUAUGUAAAAUCUAUGACGUCACUUUACUGGGCAAGCCUGGGCCAAAUGUGACAGGUAACGCGACCAAUUAACACGGGCAAGCCUGGGCCAAAUGUGACAGGUAACGCGACCAAUUAACAUGACCAAUUAGCAUCACUCGCUUAAUAGGCGUAUUACCAAUUACAAUCCGAAAAUCACAGUUCCAUUCUUUCCAUUUUUCGAGACAUCGUAGUAUUGGUAUGGGCCCCGUUGAUGUAAAUGAAGACAACGAGAGCAUUGUGUGGCAAAAACUUUAUAAAGAAGAGUCUUAGGCUAUAGUCGUGACUUUAAGACUAUAGUCAUGACUAUGAAGACUAUAUUAUUAUUAUUAUUAUUAUUAUUACCGAACAGUUUAACACCCCCUUCAUUACAGUCGGUCGUGGCGUUCUUCAAGGCGAUUGUCUCAGUCCACUUUUAUUCAACAUGUCAUUCAAUACUUUCAUACAACAUAUUAAAUCUGAAAAAUACCGUCAGCUUGGAUUUUGGAAAUUAAGUGAAAUUGGCAUUCCGUGCAAUCCUAUACAUUGGUUUCAGUUUGCAGACGAUGCUGCUGUCAUCAGUAGCCAAGAGAAGGAAAAUUAA